UGAGUGUCCAUGCCGUCUCUCGCCACCACUACCUCUACCAUUAACGACACUGCCUCCACCAACACGGUGUCGACCUCGGUCAUCUUGGCUGCGGUGACGCUCACCAGUAUGGCCGGGAUCUCCGGCGCUGAUGCCAGUCGCCACCGGUAUCCUCACUCUCGUCAGCCACUGGAUGACGCUCGUCCUCAAGCAGCACGACAUAGCCGCCGCGAAUGCUUUGGCGACGCAGGCCAAGAUCCUCGUCACGCUCGACGAGCACGCCGCGGCCCGCGGGGAGAUGAAGGGCGAGAUCGCGAACUUGAAGCGGUGGAUGGAGGAGAGCGUUCGCCAGAGACAGGGCAUAGACGGACUCAGGGAGAAUAUGAAGGAGCUGCUUAGGGAGUCGUGGGACAUGGCCGGUACGACGAUGAUGGGCUCAACAAGUCUUUCACGCUCUCCGUCUGAUGCCUCGUCGAAGUCCUCUGCCUCAUUCGCUAUCCCGGCCACGCUCCGCGGAGCGUCGCCCAAGCAGCCGUCAACGUCACGCAUUCCGGUGACUUCCACCCCGGUCAGCCCCCUUUCGCCGUCGAAGCCCAGCCUUGCUCGUAACUAGACUGCACCCCUCUCGAGCGGGCAUCUGCCUUCUGCCCCGGCCUGUGCUUCCUGUCAAGCUAAGGCCCAUCAGUGCUGCCUUAUUGCAAUUUCUGUGCUCUUAGACAUCUGGUAUGGAACCCCU